CAAGAACUUUAGCAACUGUCAUCUGUGUAACCUGGGUCUCCGACGCCGGCGCCGUCGUCGGUGGGAUGAGCGCUGCCGGACCAACACCACUGUCCAGAGAUUCCGGUGGCUUAGGUGGUGGCUGUUUGUGUGGUUUCUUCGGUCUUGCUUCUCGACCCUUCCUUUCCUUGCAACGUCGAGAAACUUCAGCAACAUGUCCCUUCAUCUCUGUCGUCCUUGUACUGCCGGUUACCUUCGUCAUCUUCGCCGGCGGAGUGGAGUGCGUGGCCGGAAACACACCUUGGUUCUGCUUCACUGGUAGAAUCUGGAUUUUCUUAUUCACUUCCAGAUCUGUUGCUACUGCAGCGUCUCUUCUUGAUCUAGGAAGAAAGAGGCAUUCCACCUUCUCUUCCGUUGCUGUAUCGUCGAUCUCCUUCGGAGUAACUUCACUACUUCGGUGCUCUGAAACUUCGUCUCCAUGUUGUUGUUCACCACCGAAGCAACUGGCGUUUAUCCACUCUUCACACCGAUUCCUUCUGAUUUCCAGGUUUUUGGCUUUGGCUUUUCCGACUUCAUCCCUCUGAGUCUCUUCCUCCCCUGUAUCUGGAACUGGAUCUGGCAGGAACGAAUUAGAGUCUGGUUCGAAUUUUCUCAGUAAUGCUAUCACAAAAUCCAUCCAUGUUGCCCUCUGAUUUCUUCUUUUCCAGUCGUACCACCAAAAGAGCGCAUCACGCGUCAAAGCCUUCUCAGCCUCUGAGAAUUUCUUCUCUUCGGAAACUCCCUUGGCCUCACAGUGCUGCUCCACCGUGAUGAUCCAGCCAUAGGCCCAUCUCCCGUCAAAUUCUGGAAACAUCCUCAUGAAUCAAUGGUUACCACAGCACCUAGAUCGGUGCUCUGAUACCAAUGUUAGAAACCCGGUUUUUCAGCAAGGAAAUGUAGAAACAAUGUUAGACACUAGGAAUAGAACUAGAAAAUAGAGGUGGAAUUGCAUAAUAUCACUGAACCCUCUGGUAGAAACCCAGAAGCAGUGCUGCAGAAGAUUACAGAGAAAAGGAAAAAUGAAAAGAUAGCAGAGGCAAAUUAGAGAGUGCCUCUAUUCUCUCCCAAGUCCAAGCCUAAUCCCAAUUCAAGCCUACCCCUCUCUCACACAAUACUUGCUUAUAUAAUCCCCAAUCUCUCUCUCUUUCCCACUACCUGCACAGCUCAUGCCACCUCAGCAGGUGGUUACACCUCUCAUGAGAAUUGAUUUGGUGCAUUGCACCUCUUCCUCUUACUUCCAUGGACUCUAGUAGUAUUGGGCCUAUCCCUAACAAUUGGGUUCCUAUCAGUUCACCACAUCAUUUUUUAAGCCUACUCAUUGUUGCUUUGUGAUUUUGGGUUUGCACGUGCAAUGUCCACAAAUACAGUUGUUUUGCGAUCCAUAAAAGGCACUCCAUUAUAUAUGGCCCCAGAGCUUGUACGGGAACAGCCUUACACCCACACUGUAGAUUUAUGGUCUCUUGGCGUUAUAUUGUACGAGUUAUUUGUUGGCCAACCACCAUUUUACACAAAUUCUGUAUAUGCUCUCAUCAGGCACAUUGUGAAGGAUCCGGUUAAAUAUCCAGAUAGCAUGAGCCCAAAUUUCAAGAGCUUUUUAAAGGGUUUACUUAACAAGGCACCAGAAAGUCGACUAACUUGGCCAGCUCUUCUUGAACACCCAUUUGUUAAAGAAACGUCUGAUGAUCCUGAAGCCAGGGUGUUGCAUGAGAUAACUGGUUCAGCUGGAAAUAGUGAUACAGCACAGAGGGUCGAAGGAAAAACCAUUCAAAUUGCAACAGUCAAAAACAAUCAUACAAAACGUUUGGAGGAGCAUAUUGCGUCACCACUCCACGCUGAAGCUCAGUUAAAUGGUUCUAACAUAAAGAAAACCAAUUCUUCAUUGCUUGAUGAGUCCCCAGGAUUUUCUAAUGAAAAUGCUACUGGAGAAUCAGGUUGCCAAAGAUUGGACAGACUUGAAAACAACUCUCGCACAGUCAAAGGUGCAAAAACAAUUGGUCAAGAUAAUGAAGCAUUGGGACAUAUUCUGGUACCACUGAAGAAGUGGUCAAAGGGAUCACAAAAUACUUGCAGUGAUCAAGAUAUUCCUGAUUCGAACCAGUCAUUGAGGAUUCUCUUAAACCUAGUUGCGGCUGGGGCUAUCAAUUCUAGUGGAUGUGUAGACGAACUAAUAAGUGAACUCCUCUUCUUUACUAAAUCUGUUAUAACCAUGAAAUCCGUUGAAGUUAUUGACUUGAUAACCAAGAGUUUCUCUAUCACUAAAGUUUUACUAGAUAAUGGAGGGAAUUGUACUUCAAGCUCUUAUCUAAAUCACUGGGUCGAAUUUCUUGAAAUCUAUUCUCAGGUUGUAAAUUCAACAAAUGAUGCAUCUGGAAGAGUUCUGUUUGAGUCUAGUGCUUGCAUUACAGUCAUGCUCUCUAAAGUUGCUCAGGUGCUUAGAUCUUGUCCUCAAAGUACAAGCCCAGGGACACUAAAUGAAACAGCUAACAGAAUUAUGGAGCAUGCGAAAACAUCUGGUUUAGUGGACCAUUUGUGUCUGUGUUUAGCCACUUCUGGUUCGAGUCUUAUUUCAGGUUCUUCCAAUAUGCUACGGGCUGCUUCUGAAGCAUGCAGAGCUGUCUGGUCUUUGAUUAAUGCACUGGAUAUCCUUUUUAUGAAGACAAGUGCCAUUUUGUUUCCCAUAAAUGCUUUGCGGACUCAUUCCAAUGAGCAAGAUCCCUUGUUUGGAGCAGAAUCUACAAAAAUUGUUGAUGCAAUGACAAGAGCAUUCCUGAAAUCCAAAGCUGUUCAGGUUGCUGUUUACUAUUGUUUUCACCAACGUCUUGAGUCUGCAAUGGGUUGUUGUCUUCAGCUUUUGUCAAGGUGCUGCCUCCAUAGUGGAAUUGUUCCAGCUCUUCUUUGUGGUCUGCCGAGUUCGCUUCCUGUGACUACUGUUGUUAGUGGUGGUGGUGAUGGAACUAUUGUUUCAGAGAUUUUCUCUGUUUUGUCAUUAUGCAGUUCGUCUCUUAAUAAAGAUUCACAGAGUGUAGAACCAAGUAAUGCUAAAUGCAAAUUAACAAAUCCUUCUUCUGUGGUUCGUCAUUCAUGUCUAAUUCUUGCAACAAUUGCACAAUGUUUGAAGUCAACCGGAAGAAAUUCAGCAAUUUUCAUUCUCACUACCUCUCCAAAGAAGCAGCUUGCUCGACUUUCAUUGCUUGCACAUUAUAUUUCUUCUGACGAUAAAUCGAAAGCCUGUUUCCAACCUCAAAGUGCAUCUGCCAUGUUGGCUUUGGCGUCCAUUCUAUGCCUCGAAUCUGGGGCUUUGGUUGAGUCUCCGAUAUCUGAAAUUGCUAUGCCCUUAAUUCCUCGAACUUCUACACUUAGUGACCAUGUUAAAUUUUCAUCUGGAAAUGAAAAUGAUUUGGACUCUGACAAUUUCAGUGGGAAGCUUUCAUAUUGGCAAGGGGUAAGAGAUGGCUGUGUUGGGCUUUUAGAUUCCAAACUCAAGUUGGGAGGACCAUUAGCUGUUCAGCAGUUGUGUGCAAGUGGUAUACCCCUUCUUCUUAUGGGCUUAUUAAGCAAUGACUUCUUAAAUGCUUCUGAAGGAAACGAGCACCUAAAUGAUAGAGUUGGAUUAUCUCCUAUUGGUGUUGUAUGGACAAUUUCAUCACUAUGCCAUAGUCUUUCUGGUGGUGCUGUGACUUUUCGUCAGGUUUUGAUUAGGAAUGAACAUGUUAAGCUCAUCUCCAAAUUAAUAUGUGAUGUUCAUCUAAAGUUGAUAAACUGCUGGACCGGACCUGGUGGAGGGAGGGCAGGAGUCAGAGAUCUAAUAAAUGCAGUAAUAGAUCUCUUAGCUUUUCCUUUUUUUGCUCUGCAAAAUGCACCUGGCAUUCCAUCAGCUACUGCUUCUGUCAGCAGCGGGUUUCUUCUUAAUGCUGGUUCCCCCGGUCAGAGAGUAUGCGUGGAAGACAAGGAUAUAGUUAAGGCAAUAGAAGAAGAUAUGGGCAAGUACACUAAGAUCCUUGUGGAGGUGGGUGUGCCUGGUAUUAUACUUCGAUGCCUAGAUCAUAUGGAAUUGAACGAUUUGGGAAGGCCUGUGGCCUUUCUUGCUAAAAUGGUAUUGCAUCGGCCUUUAGCAGUACAACUUGCGGAUAAAGGUCUUCUGGAUUCAAAUAGGAUGAGAAGAUUGUUUGAUCAUUCAGCCCCAAAAGAGGUCACACUAGAUGCUCUUAUGAUAAUUUCUGAUUUUGCUCGCAUGGACAAGAGAUUCUACGAGUACAUCAAAGCUGCUUCUAUUUUGGAGUUCUUAAAGGCCUUUCUUUCGCAUGAGGAUCCCAACAUACGUGCCAAAUCUUGCAGUGCUCUUGGAAACAUGUGUCGCCACAGCGCCUACUUUUAUAGUUCACUUGCAAGACAUCAAAUUGUUAGUAUCCUUAUCGAUCGGUGUUCUGAUCCGGACAAACGCACACGCAAGUUUGCUUGUUUUGCUAUUGGAAAUGCGGCCUAUCACACUGACAUGUUGUAUGAAGAGUUGAGGAGGUCGAUUCCUCAUUUAUCAAAUUUAUUGCAAAUGGCAGAGGAGGACAAGACUAAGGCAAAUGCAGCAGGUGCGCUUAGCAAUCUGGUUCGCAAUUCGGAGAAACUUUGUGAAGAUAUUGUGUCCAAAGGCGCGAUUCAGUCUCUCCUGAAGUUAAUUUCUGAUUGUGCGGUAGUAGCACUAAAUCCAAGCAGAAAUGAUUCAGCAAGUGAAUCUCCUUUAAAGAUAGCCCUCUUUUCCCUAGCAAAGAUGUGUGCACAUCCACUCUGCAGACAGUUCAUACGUUCAUCACCUUUGUCGCCUGUGAUUAGUAGGCUUCAGCAGUCUCCAGAAUCAUCUAUUGCCAAAUAUGCUUCUAUAAUCAUUGGCAAAGUUUCUUAACCUUGACAUUCAAAGUUCCACCCACUGUUUGGUUGAUUUCCCUUAAGUCAUUCUACAAUGCUUCCUAGAGCACAAGGGCAUUGUAACACUGCAAAUAAGUGAUUUUGUCAAGUCAUGCUUUGUAGUGGCCCCUAGAAAGUUAAGAACUUAGGACGUCAGAUGGAAUUUUCUAUUGUAAACUAUGUUCAUAAUAAUGCAUUGUUAUGCGUUUUUUUA